GAGCGAGAAGCAAAAUGGCGGCGCGCAAUGUGGUUCGUUUCUUAAAGUCGGCCAAGGUGUCCUUCUCCAGCUUCGACCGGCGGGCAACUGGUGCAUGCGAAUUCUACCGACAGUUGACGGCGGAGAAGACACGCAAAGUGAACCCCAAGGCGGAGAUCGCGCAUCAGACGUCGCUGGCCGGCAUUCUGCCCACAAUCAAGCUCGACUUCAUCAGCGGUAGCAAGCAUGUGAUGGAGGUGCCCGACAAGAACGUGCGCGAGAUCUUCGAGGAGGUCGAUUUUCACUGCUCUCAGAUUGAAACAGAGUACGAGAAUCAGGGUAAGACCAUCGAAUAGACUGUCGGGAGACUGGACUAAGUGCAAUGGUAGACAGACUCACGCUGCUCGCAAGUAACAGGCAAUACAUACAGGCGAGCAGAUGAGUUUAAAAUCAUAAAAGCACUUGUUGGGUCGGA